AUGACAGACUCCCGACUUGAACCCUUCCUGCUGCUGGCGCGCAGUGCCAAAGGUGCCGCUGCGGCUAAAGUCGUCGAAAAUGCGACUGCAGCGAAUGGUGUGUAUACCUUCAACGCGCUGAUGGAUGUUCCGAACGUCAAGGAGUCGUCAGAUUUGCAGAAACACUGGAACCUCCUGCAGCUCUUCGCCUAUGGAACUCUCAAGGAUUACAUUUCAUCGCCCGAUUCAUACCCCCCUUUGUCACCUCAGCAGGUUGCCAAGCUGAAGCACUUGACACUUGUGUCUCUAGCUCUUGAGCACAGGACGCUCGACUUGAGGACUACGCGGGAACUGGAGAACAUGAUUAUCGACUGUAUCUACUCGAAUCUCCUCACAGGGAAGAUGCACCACCACGAGCAAAUCUUCUACGUCGACCAAGUCUCAGCGCGUGAUCUGAACGAAGCUGAGGUUCGCAAGGUUGAGUCGGCUCUGAAAACAUGGUCGAGCAACGCUGAGUCCAUUCUGAAAGCCCUCGACCAGCAGAUUGCUGAGGCGCGCGAAUCGGCCAUCCAGGAGGCAGAGCAGGCGGCGCAGUAUCAGAAGGAACAGGACGCAGCCUACAACCAGGCGAAGGAGGAGCUGCACAAGCGUGACCGGCACGCUAUGAGCGGCCUAUCGAACAGGACCAACGAAAUGCAGGCUGCCCUGCCGAAAUCCUCAAUGUCUAGCCUUGGCUACGGGAUGGAGGGCAAGGGCGGCAAUGAAGAGAUGUCGCACAGCAGGGCGAAGAGGACUCGCGCUUAG